GGCGAGAGAGCUGUAGACCAACUUAACACCGAACCCAUUACUUUUCCAAGACCAGAAAAAAAUAUUACAUGUACAGGAACUACUUCUUCAGAUAAGAAUUCAAGCUUUGACAUUGUAAACCACAGACGAAUUGGAGCUUGGCAUUGAAAGGAGGUGUUCUGCAAUGAUUUUUUUUCUUGUUUAGAGAAGUUUACUUCUACAAGAAGAAAUCUGAAAAAUGACAGGAGCAAAGAAGAAAAAGAAAAGCACGCUUUGGGGCAAGAUGCAUACCCCCCAGUGUGAAGACAUUAUACAGUGGUGUAGAAGGCGACUGCCCAUUUUGGAUUGGGCACCACAUUACAAUCUGAAAGAAAACUUGCUUCCAGACACUGUGUCUGGGAUAAUGUUGGCAGUUCAACAGGUGACCCAAGGAUUGGCCUUUGCUGUUCUCUCAUCUGUGCACCCAGUGUUUGGUUUAUAUGGGUCUCUGUUUCCUGCCAUAAUUUAUGCCAUAUUUGGAAUGGGACGUCAUGUUGCCACAGGCACCUUUGCCUUGACAUCUUUGAUAUCAGCCAAUGCCGUGGAACGGAUUGUCCCUCAGAACAUCCAGAAUCUCACCACACCGAGUAACACAAGCGUGCUGGGCUUAUCCGACUUUGAAAUGCAAAGGAUCCACGUUGCUGUAGCAGUUUCCUUCUUGGGAGGUGUGAUUCAGGUGGCCAUGUUUGUGCUGCAACUGGGCAGUGCCACAUUCGUGGUCACGGAGCCUGUGAUCAGUGCAAUGACAACUGGGGCUGCCACCCAUGUGGUGACUUCACAAGUCAAAUAUCUCUUGGGAAUGAAAAUGCCGUAUAUAUCCGGACCACUUGGAUUCUUUUAUAUUUAUGCAUAUGUUUUUGAAAACAUCAAGUCUGUGCGACUGGAAGCAUUGCUUUUAUCCUUGCUGAGCAUCGUGGUCCUUGUUCUUGUUAAAGAGCUGAAUGAACAGUUUAAAAGGAAAAUUAAAGUUGUUCUUCCUGUCGAUUUAGUUUUGAUUAUUGCUGCAUCAUUUGCUUGUUAUUGCACCAAUAUGGAAAACACAUACGGAUUAGAAGUAGUUGGUCAUAUUCCACAAGGAAUUCCUUCACCUAGAGCUCCCCCGAUGAACAUCCUCUCUGCUGUAAUCACUGAAGCUUUUGGAGUGGCACUUGUAGGCUAUGUGGCCUCACUGGCUCUUGCUCAAGGAUCUGCCAAAAAAUUCAAAUAUUCAAUUGAUGACAACCAGGAAUUUUUGGCCCAUGGCCUCAGCAAUAUAGUGUCUUCAUUUUUCUUCUGCAUACCAAGUGCUGCUGCCAUGGGAAGGACUGCUGGCCUGUAUAGCACAGGAGCAAAGACACAGGUGGCUUGUCUAAUAUCUUGCAUUUUCGUCCUUAUAGUCAUCUAUGCAAUAGGACCUUUGCUCUACUGGCUGCCCAUGUGUGUCCUUGCAAGCAUUAUUGUUGUGGGACUGAAGGGAAUGCUAAUACAGUUCCGAGAUUUAAAAAAAUAUUGGAAUGUGGAUAAAAUCGAUUGGGGCAUAUGGGUCAGUACAUAUGUAUUUACAAUAUGCUUUGCUGCCAAUGUGGGACUGCUGUUUGGUGUUGUUUGUACCAUAGCUAUAGUGAUAGGACGCUUCCCAAGAGCAAUGACUCUAAGUAUAAAAAACAUGAAAGAAAUGGAAUUUAAAGUGAAGACAGAAAUGGACAGUGAAACCCUGCAGCAGGUGAAAAUUAUCUCAAUAAACAACCCGCUUGUUUUCCUGAAUGCAAAAAAAUUUUAUACUGAUUUAAUGAACAUAAUCCAAAAGGAAAAUGCCUGUAAUCAGCCACUUGAUGAUAUCAGCAAGUGUGAACAAAACACGUUGCUCAAUUCCCUAUCCAAUGGCAACUGCAAUGGUUAUGAAAAUGGAGACGAAGGACUCAAAAGGGAUUUCAGCAGUGUAAUGAACAGCAGCUGGAACUGUUUGGGAGUUGAAGUUUACAUGGACUGUAAAGGCAGGAGUGUGGAUGUAUUGUUAGCCCAUUGUACAGCUUCCUUGAUAAAAGGAAUGACGUAUUAUGGAAACCUAGACUCAGAGAAACCAGUUUUUUUUGAAUCAGUAUCUGCUGCAAUAAGUCAUAUCCAUUCAAAUAAGGUGAGUUGAU